AUGGGUCGUGCUGCGGCUUUCCUGCACCUCUACCUGCUUGUACAAGUAGCUCGACUGACGUUUCGCUCUCCCUGGUCCGGCUCGGCAUGGGUCGAAUCACUGAUGGCUCUAUCCAUGAAAAAAUCUCCAUUUACUUGUGGCGCCUCCACCCCCAUGCUCGCUCAGAAACCCUGGCUGUGGGACAGACCAUUGGGCUGGCGUGACCAUGCGAAUGCUUUCGCAGCAGUACUGGGUCUUUCUUCAUCGAGACGACGACAAGGGGUCGGCGUGGCAUAUUUCAAGACGAAGCUGUGGGCGGCCGAACCGUCAACAGCCAAUGCUUCCAACGUGCGGCAACAGGCGCUGCCUCUAGUCAAGGACAGCCCUGAUCCUGCCACCGACUCCUCUGGGGCGACGACGCCAAAUUCCCCCAGCACGCCAACUACUCCCUCGUGGCUCUCUAAGACCCUGUCCCGUAUCAAGUCUCCCAAAAUCAACAAUUUGCGGUUCUUGCUUGGAAACGAAAAGAGUCGAUGCACUGAUCCUCGAGAUCAGGAGUGCGCAGGUGAUCAGGCCUCAAUGUCUCAAAGGGGACCUGGCCAUCGCUCGCCCUCUCGUCUCUCAUCGAGAUCUCCUGUCGGUAAUGACCAAGUCCCCUUCUCUCAGUUCAAGUCGCAACGGUAUGAAUCGGUUGGAAUAUCCCCUGAGAUCGGUCGUGCUGCUCAGCAUUCAGCCAAGGCCUUUGGAGUCCAUAAUAUUUUAAACCCUUCCGAGGCACAUUCCAUGGGCUCUGAUGCCAGAGGAGGGCCACCUUCGCAAGCAAAGGAAACAGAGCCUGUCUACCCAGCAUCUUCAACUCCUUAUGGUGUUCCGCGUCCUUAUUUCCCUGGCCAUGCCGAUUCCGGCUCCGUACCAACGACUCCAGUUACUGCAGGUGUGAUGCCUACAGGCAGACAUCCGAUAUCCGAACGAAACUCCCCAUCGACAGCGUACCCUUUCCCUAUAAUGGAUAACCCGAGGAAGAUACUUAGCCCGAGGGCCCCCCGAGUCUCGAGCCUAGUUCAGACUCACUCUCCAAGAGACCUAGAUCCGCGACAACCCUUAGCUCCCAGCAUGCUUCCCACAAAACGACCCUAUGAGCAGGACACUCCCGAUGAACCCAGACAUGCUCCGGGACUGCAACAGCCGUCAGGAAUUGCGUCCGGCCCGCAUACCCCGAUGGUAACGCCACCAAGAUCUCUUUCUCAGCCUUUAGCCCGCCCCUUGGAUGCCCCCUAUGUACAGCCGCCAACAAUCCCGCCGCCAGGAGAACUUCAGAGUCGAUCGCAUGGAUUGCAUACAACUUCGCAACUGCAGCAUGGAAUCACCAGUGUGUCUACUAGUCGACCGCUUUCGGGAACGGGAGGAGCCCUAACGGAGGGAACAUCGACAUGGCCAGAUAUAUUGCGCCGACAAGCAGGUUCGUUUGUUGGCAUGGAAUCCCAACAGGCUUAUAUGACUUUGCCUGGCAGCGAUACGCCGAUUCCGGUUCAAGUAGACUACUCCCAAGCAUCAAAGAAAGCGGAUGAAAAGAGACAACGAAAUGCAAAAGCCUCGACACGUCACCGCAGAAAGAAGAAGACCUUACAGGAGGAGAACAUGAAGCACCUGCAGGAACUGAAGGAAGAGAGACAGCAGAUGCUGCAGCAAAUAGAGGAACUCGAAAAUCAGCGGGACUUUUACAGGAACGAUCGCAAUCGACUCAGAGAUAUUGUGGCCCGGACGCCAGCUGUAAGCAACCAUGCAGCCGGGCCACCUAGCCCGGCACUAUCGAAGAGUAUCAGCUUUGUGGAUAGAAGUCCCCUAAUGCAGUCUCAUCACAUUCCCACUCCCACUCAAGGUUAUCUGAGCGAAGUGUCGUCGGCAGAACGGCCCGUACCGGUUCGACGCACAGACGAUCGUCCGGAUUUCUCGCCUCCAAUGUAUGGUGCUUUGCCUGGUGGUCCGCCGCACGGCCUCCCGUCGAUGCACAGCCAAGCUUAUGGCGCGCCUCCGCCGAGGCCCUCGUCCGCGGCUUCUUCAACGAGCGGAGAGAGACUGCCGCCGUUACGAGUGAUGGAGGGGCCGCAUCCCCCCAUGUCUGGAUUGGUCCCCGGGCAACCUCAAGAACAAGAUCUGAGAACCGGGCAGUGGAGGGCAGCUCAGCCAUCCCACCUAGAGACGGGUUGGGCAACUGCACCAAGAAAGCACCAAGAUAACCCCCGCUGGUAA